UCUAUUGAUUCUAUUUUUAUCAAAAAUAAACACCGGAAAAUUACAAUUUUAAUCAAACAAAACAUUUACACCGUACUCUUAGUUUCUUUAUUUAUAAUGUACAAUAUAGUCCCUAAAUUGUUGCCGGUUUUACGGCCGAUUAAAACAACUGACUUGUUACCGGCAAUUUUAGGAGUAUCAAAAUUUAGAAUUGAUCGUCACUAUUCCACCGAGAAAGAAAAGAGGUUAACCCAAAGUCAAGAAAGAGCAGAUGUAUCUACAGAUGUACGUCCUAUUGGAGAGAAGAUAAAGGAAACUACUAAAACUGUUUCGUACACCGGAAUAAUAGUUGUUGGCAUUGGUGUUACUGGCAUCAUUUUCUACUAUGUACUACGGGAAUUGUUUUCAAGUAAUAGCCCAAACAGUAUUUACUCAGUAGCAUUCGAUAAAUGUAAAAAUGAUCCUAGAGUGGAAGAUGCACUGGGUACUCCUAUCAAGGCAUAUGGGGAAGAAACUUCCAGAAGGAGACGCACACAUGUCAGUCACGCUGUUUAUGAAAAGGAUGGUGUUAAACACAUGAGGAUGAGGUUUUACAUCAAAGGUAUAAGGAACAAAGCUAUUGUGGAGCUAGACAUGAAGCAGAAUGAAUAUGGAAACUAUCAGUGUCGGUAUCUGUUGGUGCAGUUGGAUGACUAUAGUGGCAAAACUUUCAUUAUUGAAGACAAUAGAGCUGAGUUAGACAAAUCCAAAUCUGAUUUUGGAUCUCAGUUGCCCACACUUACACUCACUCAGUAAAUUAUUGUGGUAUGGAAGUUUUAUAAUGUAUAUUACUUUAUAGAAUAGCUAAAAGAAAAUUACUUUAUUGUAAAUAAAUUUGUUUAUUAUCA